UCUAUUAUUUUUGUCAACUCUCUCGGCUGAUUGUAUGUGUUACGUCUGCACUACGUGAGGCAUCAUCUUCUUUGUAUAUAUAUGAGACAGAACUGCUAAUUCUCUCUUCACACAAGUAUAUUAUAGCCACAUUUGAAAAAACAAAAAAACACAGAAGCUACGAAACUACGAAGAGGGAGAUAUAAAUGACAGUAGAAGAGGUAGGAGAUGAUCACACACAAGAUGGAACUGUUGAUCUUCGAGGCGAUCCUGUUCGAAGAUCCAUUAGAGGUAGAUGGAAAGCUUGUUCGUUCCUCGUCGUGUACGAGGCAUUUGAGCGGAUGGCAUAUUUCGGGAUAUCGAGCAACCUCGUGAUUUACAUGACAACCAAAUUGCACCAAGGCACAGUUAAGUCCUCGAAUAAUGUGACCAACUGGGUCGGGACUGUUUAUCUCACUCCCAUCUUGGGUGCUUAUAUCGCGGACGCUCAUCUUGGUCGCUACCGCACGUUUGUCAUCUUUUCUACUAUCUAUUUUUUGGGGAUGAUGGUAUUAACUUUAUCAGUAUCCAUACCGGGAAUUAAACCACCUGAAUGUUCUACGGCUAAUGCUGAAGACUGCGAAAAGACCUCUGUUCUUCAGUUAGCGGUUUUCUUUGGAGCAUUAUACACAUUAGCCAUUGGUACUGGCGGUACAAAACCGAACAUUUCUACCAUAGGAGCCGAUCAGUUCGACGAGACCGACCCAAAGGAGAAGGUUCAGAAAAUGUCAUUCUUCAAUUGGUGGAUGUUUAGUAUUUUCUUUGGCAUUCUCUUCGCCAAUACAGUUCUUGUCUAUGUUCAAGAUAAUGUGGGCUGGGGAUGGGGUUAUGGGAUUCCAACUUUAGGACUUGCUGUAUCCAUCCUUGUUUUUUUGUUUGGCACUCCUUAUUACCGCCAUAAACUCCCUGCCGGAAGCGCUUUCAUGAAGAUGACUCGAGUCAUUGUGGCUUCAUUUCGCAAAGCUAAUGCCCCAAUGGCACGCGACCUCACACAAUUCCACGAGCUGCCUUCAAUGGAAUAUGAGCGGAAAGGCACAUUUCCGAUCCAGUCCACUAAGAGUCUAAGGUUCUUAGACAGAGCUUCACUCAAAACAGGAACAACAGAUCAGUGGAAUCUUUGUACAAUCACAGAAGUCGAAGAAACAAAACAAAUGCUUAAUAUGUUACCGGUCAUGUGUGCAACUUUCGUCCCAAGCGUGAUGCUCGCUCAAGUCAACACUUUGUUUGUCAAACAAGGAACGACUCUAAACGCAAGGAUCGCCGAAAAUUUCAGCAUCCCGCCAGCGAGUCUCGCUGCCUUUGUUACAGUCUCAUUCCUUGUCUCCAUUGUGUUAUAUGAUCGACGCUUUGUCAAGCUAAUCCGAAAAUUCACAGGGAAUCCAAGAGGCAUUACUUUGCUUCAACGAAUGGGAAUUGGUAUUAUCAUCCACAUCCUCCUCAUGAUAGUCGCAUGUUUCACCGAAAGGUAUAGACUCAAAGUCGCUGCCGAUCAUGGACUCAUCCACCAAAAGGGAGUAAAACUACCACUGACAAUCUUCGUUUUGCUUCCUCAAUUCGUGCUAAUGGGUAUAGCUGAUGCUUUCUUGGAAGUUGCAAAGCUAGAAUUUUUCUACGAUCAAGCUCCUGAUAGCAUGAAAAGUCUAGGGACAUCGUAUUCGUUAACGAGUUUUGGGAUAGGGAAUUUCUUGAGCAGUUUCUUGUUGUCGACCGUAUCAAAUAUAACGAAGAAACGAGGAAGAGGAUGGAUUUUAAAUAAUCUUAAUGAGUCUAGGUUGGAUUAUUAUUACUUGUUCUUUGCGCUUCUUAAUUUUAUCAACUUCCUCUUCUUCUUGGUUGUGGUUAAGUUUUAUGUCCAUAGAGCUCAGGUUACUCAUUCACUGGAUGUGAAAGAAGUGGAAGCGAAGGUGAUGGGUGUCGAGGAGAAUGAAUAACCUAAGUAUAUUCUUCUUUUUUGGUAAAAUAAGUAUAUUCUGUUUUUUUUUUAAAUCUGUUAAUUUCUUUAUGGACAUUUACUUCAAAUGCCUCGUACAUUAAUCAC